AGGAGACUGCGUACUGUCUACAACCAAUCCCAUCUCAAAUUGUUGCUUAAAACAUUUGAAACCAACCCCUAUCCAGGAAUCUCAGUGAGGGAGAAACUGUCCCAACUCACAGGUGUACAUGAAUACAGAAUUCAGGUCUGGUUCCAGAACCGAAGAGACAGGAAGAAUAAGAAAAAUUACCCCCAGAAGAAGAGAAUCAGCUACAUAAUAUUGAAAGACCACAGUUUACUCAGAUAUCUCCAGUAG